AUGGCUUUCAGGUCAAAGGCAGGUGUGUGGCUGGCAGGGUCCUGGCUGUGCCUGUGCAAGGUGAGAGCCCUGGGCACCAGUGCAGCUCUGGGUGCCAAGGCAGUGCUGCCCUUUGAAGCCAUACCCCAGUGUGCAGGCAACAAGUGGCUGAGGGUGCUACAGAUCUGGAAGGAGCGGGGCCAGGAGAACAUGCACCUGCAGAUGCACCGGGCUUUCCAGGAGCUGGGACCCAUUUUCAGGUAUGACGUGGGAAGAACACAGAUAGUAUCUGUGAUGCUGCCUGAAGAUGCUGAGAAGCUGCAUCAGAUGGAGAGCCUGCAGCCCUGGCGGAGGCCACCGGAGCCCUGGACGGUCUACAGAGAGCACCGUGGACAGAAGCCCCUGGGCGUAUUCUUGCUGAAUGGAGCUGAAUGGAGAUUCAACCGGCUGCGGCUGAAUCCAGUCGUGUUGUCAGGAAAGGCCGCGCAGAAGUUCAUCCCCAUGGUGGACGUGGUGGCAAGAGACUUCUCCGAGGCCCUGAAGAAGAAGGUGCUGCAGAAUUCCCGGGGGAGCCUGACCCUGGAGGCCCAGACCAGCAUCUUCCACUACACCAUCGAAGCCAGCAACUUCGCUCUCUUUGGAGAGCGGCUGGGCCUCUUUGGCCCACACCAGAACGCUGGCAGCCUGAAGUUCAUUCAUGCACUGGAGGCCAUGUUCCAGUCCACUGCUCAGCUCAUGUUCCUGCCCAGGAGCCUGUCCCGCUGGAUGAACUCCCAGGUGUGGCAGGAACACUUUCAGGCCUGGGACUACAUCUCUGAGUAUGCCAACACCUGCAUCCAGAAGGUGCAUCAGGAGUUUGUCCGUGGUUGCCCUGAGGCUGUCGGCAGUAUCACAUUGAACCUGAUCUUGCAAGGGGACUUCUCACUAGAUGCCAUCAAGGCCAACGUUAUUGACCUCACAGCAGGGAGUGUAGACACGACAGCCUUCCCCUUGGUGAUGACGCUCUUUGAGCUGGCUCGGAACCCCAAUGUGCAGGAGGCCCUACGCCAGGAGAGCCUGGCAGCAGAGGCCAGCAUCUCUGCAAACCCCCAGAGGGCCCCCUCAGAGCUGCCCCUGCUGCGGGCUGCCCUCAAGGAGACCUUGCGGCUCUACCCAGUAGGAAGCAUUUUGGAGCGAAUCACAAGCUCAGAUCUGGUGCUUCAGAACUACCACAUCCCAGCUGGGACCUUGGUCCACAUGCAUCUGUACCCAAUGGGCCGAAACCCCGCGCUGUUCCCGAAUCCUGAGCGCUACAUCCCCCAACGCUGGCUGGACAGCCAACUGCACUUCCGCCAUCUGGCCUUUGGCUUCGGGGUGCGCCAGUGUCUGGGCCGGCGCUUGGCAGAGGUGGAGAUGCUGCUUCUGCUGCACCACGUGCUGAAAUCCUUCCAGGUGGAGACACUAGUCCAAGAGGAUGUGAAGCUGGUGUACCACUUUGUUUUGAGACCCGCCUCCUCUCCCCUCCUCACUUUUCGGCCUGUCAACUAGUCACAUCUGCGCACUGCACCCCACCACCAGCCUCCCUCUGCCUUGACCCCAGCCCACCUCUCUUCUGUCUUAAGGGCUCUGCUUCCUUGCCCCCACGCGGUCCAGCCAGCUCCUGGCCCAGUGGACUGGCCCAAGCCCCAAGGCAGGACAGGGCUUGCCGAGCUGUGCAGCAAAGCCAGGACGCACUGAGGAGGAUCUUGGUGGCAAGUCCAGGCUUUGUUGCCAGCCUCACCGAGCAGUCUGCUGGGACAUGUUCCGCAGCCCGCCUGGCAGCAGCUCCUGCUCCUCCUGGCCAUCCAGCGGCCUCUGAUGAUGCCUAUCCCUAUUGGCUUCCUGUGCAGCCCCAUUUUCCCUCUCCUCCUAUACUGCCUCCCCCUUAAUGUAUGUG